AUGGACGACGUCGAUAGCCGUUUAUUCCGCUUCUCCAAACCACAAUGGCUAAGUAGUGCAACCGCCCGCACAGCAGGAAUCUACAUUUCCGGUGCCCUGUUCUCGCUAGGUUUCUUCUUCCUAAUCGACGCCGCGGCCUUCUCCCGGAGCUCCAAAAAUGGCAGCUUCGUGCACAUGAAAUUCGUCGACUGGAUUCCCGGCAUCUGUUCCGUGCUGGGCAUGCUGGUGAUUAACUCGAUUGAGAAAUCACGUCUAAGUGCGGAUUCGUUUAGUUAUUCGGGGAGUAGGGUUGCGUGGAAGGCGAGGUUUGUGUUGUUUUUGGGCUUUGCAUUGUUGGCUGGGGGGUUGGCGGGGAGUGUGACUGUCCUCGUCCUCAAGUAUGUUAUUAAGGAGUAUCCACUGCAAACGGUCUACUUUGGGAUCGCGAAUGUUAUUGCCAAUGGGUUGACUAUGAUGAGCUCCGCCAUCCUCUGGGUAUCGCAGAAUAUGGAAGAAGAUUAUACAUACAGCCUCACGCUAUAA